GUGCGUGUAGAAGUGGCGUGGUCGUGCCGACCCGGCGGGCAACAGGCUCCGGGUUCAGUGGCUGUGAACGCCUAUUUUCUUCUUCUUGUAAAACGUUGCCAGCCUCUUGUUGUUGCACGUUGGGGACCAUUCUCACAAGAUCAUCUCAAGAGUCGCAUUUCUUUCCAGCGCUCUCGCCUCGUCAUCAGCUCUUGCUCGCUCGCCCCUCGAGCCUCCCUCUGCUCUGUUGUCUCUCGUGGGCACCAAACAUCAUGGCAGCCCAUAUUGCCUUUACUCAACCAACCAGUGUGCGGGUCAAGAGCCCGCACGUCCAGUACCAGGACAGCGCCAUGGUGAGCCAGUACGAUUACCACAAAACCCUCGUUGAGACGGACGCCGACGGCAACGUGCAGGCCGUGCCCACCACCACCCGUUACGAGCUGCGGACCGAGACCAAUGUUCCCAAGCUCGGCGUUAUGCUGGUUGGCCUGGGCGGCAACAACGGUACCACGGUUGUCGGUGCCACGGUAGCCAAUCGCCUCAAUCUGCAGUGGAACGAUCGUGAGGGCCUCAAGAGCCCCAACUACUGGGGUUCCGUCACCCAAGCCAGCACCACCAAGCUGGGCGUGGAUGCCCAAGGCAACGAUGUUUUUGUGCCCUUUGCCAGUCUCCUGCCCAUGGUUCAUCCCAACGACGUCGUCUUUGACGGCUGGGACAUUAGCGGUCUGAACCUUGCCGAUGCUAUGGACCGUGCCCAGGUCCUGGAGUAUGACCUCCGCCGCCAGCUCAAGCCCCAUCUGGCUCAGAUUGUGCCGCGCCCCGGCAUUUACUACCCCGAUUUCAUUGCCGCCAACCAAGCCGAUCGUGCCGACAACGUCCUCGCUGGUACCGACAAGCAGGUUCACCUGGACCAGCUUCGCGCCGACAUUCGUGACUUUAAGACACGCCACCAGCUUGAUAAGGUUAUCGUGUUGUGGACCGCCAACACGGAGCGUUUCGCCGAUGUGACCGAGGGUGUCAACACCACGGCCACCGACCUGUUGCAAAGCAUUCGUGACAGCCACCCCGAGGUGGCCCCCUCCACCGUGUACGCUGUUGCGGCCGUCCUUGAGGGCUGUGCCUUCAUCAACGGUUCCCCCCAAAACACCAACGUGCCCGGUUUGAUUGAAUUGGCCGAGCAACAGCGCGUGUUUGUGGGCGGCGACGAUUUCAAGUCGGGUCAGACCAAGAUGAAGAGCGUGCUCGUUGACUUUUUGGUCAACGCUGGCAUCAAGCCCGUGGGCAUCACCUCCUACAACCACCUUGGCAACAACGACGGCAAGAACCUCUCUGCACCUAGCCAGUUCCGCUCCAAGGAAAUUUCAAAGUCCAACGUCGUCGAUGACAUGGUGGCCUCCAACGGCAUUCUUUAUCAGCCAGGGGAGCACCCCGACCACGUCGUCGUGAUCAAAUAUGUCCCGGCCGUUGGCGACAGCAAGCGGGCCUUGGACGAGUACUACAGCAAAAUCUUCAUGCACGGAACCAACACAAUUUCCAUGCACAACACCUGCGAAGACAGCUUGCUGGCCACGCCCCUGAUCAUCGAUCUCUUUGUGCUCUGUGAGCUGUUGCAGCGCAUCUCGUGGCGUGUCAUCGAGGGCAGCGACGACCAAUUUCGUCCUCUCGCCACUGUGUGCUCCCCCCUCAGCUACCUGCUCAAGGCCCCUCUGGUGCCUCACGGCGCCCCCGUGGUCAAUGCCCUUUUCAAGCAGCGUUCGAGCGUCAUCAACCUGCUUCGUGCCUGCCUCGGCCUCGCGCCCGAGAGUCACAUGGGCUUGGAGCACAUUACCGUCAACCAGGUCGCAAGUUCGACCCCGAGCAGCUAAUUGGCGCUGCCUCAAAUCCUGGCCCGUCCGUGCUUCUCGCAGCGCUGUCACAUACAACGGAAGCCAUCGCCUGUCCACUAGCGUUUCCACCACCGUUGCCAUAGGAAGGGCAACAAACGAAAUUUACAUCAUAGAUGUU